GAGAAUCCUCCAGCCAUGAAUGACCUUCAGUGGUUAGCCGCCACUGUUGGUGUAGGUGCCCUGUCUGCUGCUGUUUACACUGGCUGGUUCUGGUUUCUCCUGUGGCUGGCGGUGCAUGCUGUCCUGGCAUGCCUCGCCUUCUUCUACGCUUUACAGUGGAAUCUGGUUUGUGGGAAAAACUAUGUCAGCAGGUCCACCCCAGAUCCCAAAGUGAAAAGUGCUGUCACGAUUAUUAUUCAAAAAAUGAUGGAACUCGAGGCCAACAGAGUAGAACCCCCCAGGAAAGUUGUAAUCUCCCGAAGUAUAGACAACGCAUUGCAGGAAGUUCUGGAUCUCAUAAGUCGACACUACAUCUUAACUUGGUACGAGCCCCUCACUCAGGAUAAAACAUUUGUCAAACAAGCGCAGGCAGAGAUGUGGAGCAUUCUUGACAAAGUAAGUCGGAGGUUAUCUGAGGUUGAUCUGGUCAGAUUUUUAUCCCAGGAUGUGCUAGAUUGUCUGCACCAACACUUUCGGAACAUCAGACUAGCUAAAAGAAGUAAAGAAACAAGUAGUGAUAAAUCAGAGGAAGAACAUAAGAAGUUCAUGUUCCAUUCAUGGCUGAAGGACAAAGAACAGGAACUGAAAUGCCUGCGAGAGAUGUCUGAUGCGUUGUUGUUUCUGCUACUGUCCAAGUCCUAUGGCCACUGCGCACCCAUCAGAUACCUGUUGAGAGAAAUUGUUGCUGGCUCAGUUUUGAAGCCAACCAUAGACCUGAUCUGUGACCCAGACUACAUCAAUCAGAAGCUGCUCAGUUACUUGACGUACAGAGAAAAUUAUUUCAAAGACACCAAACGGACGUACACAUAUUCCGCCACGUACGAGGGCUUUGUUAAGAUGAUCAAGUCUACUGAUUCUUUGGAUGAUCUUUCACAAAUGCGAAACAACAUCAUCUCAGAGUUGCUUCAAGCCUCUGCCAUCAACAUGUUGAAGAAACAACAGGGACUCAACACAGAUAAGGACACAGCACCAAAGGGCACCAACAAAGGAGAACUCCUCAAAGCGAGAAAUUUAGAACGCUAUAAAAACCAACUUACAGUUGCCAAACAGUUGUGUGAAAAGAGAAUCACCUCCCUUGGGGGUACCAUAUAUGAAUCUUCAUCCGAUGCAUCCAAUAAAAAUGAGGAUCUCCCUGGACAAAAAAUUUUUUCCUUCGCUGUCAUUAUGGAAGUCCCAAGGCUCCGAGAAUGUUUCUUGAAGUUUUUAAAGAAAGAAGGAGCAGAAUCAUACUUAGGUUUUUGGAAUGCUGUUGAAAAAUUAAAAUCGACUUCAAAAGAGCAACACCAUCAUGUAGGGACAGAAGUCUACCAGCAGUACAUUACAAGUAGCUCUUCACUAGUGAAGGUUGACAAAGCUAUUCUAAAGGGCAUGGAAGAAUUUUUAAGAGGAGAUAAAGGACCAGAUGCAUUUGUAACAGCACAAAAACAAAUUCAAAAUUUACUGGAGGAGCAGUAUUACCCAUCUUUUAUAGUCAGUGAUACGUAUUUUCUUUUGUCAUCUAACAUACAAGAUACGCUCUCCUCCUGUGAGGAAUCUGUUGCACAAGAUGAACUAUUCCUUGACUCUGACCAGUACAGCGAGCUGGAAGAGAACCUAAUCGCUGGCCAGUCCUACCACGCCCAGCAGCGCCUGCGUGAACUGGACGUUAAGAUAACCAGUAAAGCCAGGGCGCUGGUGGCCCAACGAAAUUCACAUAAAGAUAUCGGAUCUAAGCUGAAGAAGGUCCAUGAAGACAUGGAGCAGGAGCUGGAGAACCUGAAGGUAGAGAGGAGGACACUGGAGAUGCACAUAGCCCGUACACAGAAGUGGAUUGACAACAUUGGCCACUGGACAGCGCAUGUGUAUGACGCAGCUGUAAGUUCAAUGGCUGAUUCCAUUUUUUCAUACUGGACAGCGCAUGUGUAUGACGCAGCUAUUGUGACAACCGAUGAUGGCAAGGUGCCCCACUUCACCCUGUUGGUGUCUCUGUCCUCUGAUGACCAGAGCAGCCCCCAUGAAGUGAGUUCUGCCAGUGAGGGCUGGGCCAUCUCUAGGACACUAGAGGAGAUCUACGCCCUGCAUGAUAAACUUUCUCUGAUUGGCAGCUGGCUACUGAAGAAAGAACUACCAUCAACCAACAAACUCUUUAGAUCACUGGACAGCUCCUACAUACAGAAAGCAAAAACAACGCUGGACAAUUACCUGGCUGCCAUCAUGAAGGAUGAGAAGAUGGUCCAUAGUGAGGCUCUCUAUGCCUUCCUCUCCCCUACACCUGAAUUUGUUCACCAGUCAGUGGAAAAGAAGAGCAGAUUUUCUUUAGGGAAUCUACUUCGCAGUCUGCCAAAUAUUGGGUCUGAUACGCAGGAGGGAGAGGAUGAUUUCAUGUUCAGUGGUGAUGACAACACUGAGAAAGAUAAAAGCACAGACUCCAUUGCCAAGCCUUUGUACACCUUGGUCGGGGAGGUGUUUGAGCUACAGGGGAUGUUCCUUUUUCGUUGGUUUAGGAAAGGUCUGAUGAGCUUUGUGGAGAUGACUUUUGGGAGAUCCAUUGACAAGCAACUGAAGGAGACAGUGGAGUGGCUGGUGAGUGAGCAGAUGUUGAUCUACUACAUCCAGCUGUUGAAGGACUCCAUGUGGCCAGACGGGAAGAUGGCGGAGCCGCAGCCACCACAAACUGAAGAACAGAAACACUUUAAUCGCAUGCUGGCUAAAAAAAAACUUUUGGAGGGCAUGCCAGGGUUAGACACCAUCCAGACAUUGGUCGGUGAUGAGAAUGGGCGCAGAGGGAUAAUUAAAAUAUUUGAAGCUUUACAGGACAAAAACCUCAACAAACACCUGCUUUAUAAUCUCCUGGAGAUUUUUCUCUUGGAACUUUUGCCAGAGCUGCGGAAGGCCAAGGAGAAAGUUCUGCUCCAGCACAGAGUGCAGCAACAGGAGGAGUCUGUACGUCUGCAGCAGCAGCUGGCAGUGGAGGAGGAGACUGAUUUAUAGGUCAAGGUCAAAGGUGGGAAACAUAUUUAUAGGUCAAGGUUAAGGGCAAGUCCCUACUUCUGCACCUGCAGCUCCUAGUGGAGGAGGAAACAUUUUGAGGUCAAGGGUGGGAAACAUUUAUAGGUCAAGGGCAAGUCUGGUAGUGUAGGAAGAAAAAGACUUGUAGGU